AAUAUUCAUCUUCUUCCAAAGACAUUCUUCAUGCUUCUUUACGGGCUACUGAUACGCAUCGCGACGCUACCCUACUACCGCAUCUACCAGUUCAACGCCAUCGGACCGCUCAAGAGGAUCGCUACUCUCGCCACCGAAUCUCAAGAGUCGCCAAAACUGCUUCGUGCCAUCUCACGUUGGAGGGCGAGGAAACUCACCGAGUUGCAGUUCAUUUCCAUCUCCUGUGCGAUCCUUGCCGCAGCCGUAAUCGGCGCAUUUUCCUGGAUCACCAUCGAAGAAGCAUACUGGCUCACGCACGGCUUCUGGCACGGUAGUCUCGUCCUAUCAAUAUUGGGCAUACUACUCUCCGCCUCACAAGCCACCGUGUUGCACAUUCUCGGCCCGCUCCCUUCCCCUGCCAAAACUUCUCGAUAUCAUAACGCCAUCCAGCGGUACGUGCCAAUACUGCUGUCUCGGACAUCGGAUGGAUGGAAGCCCCGGAUGAAAAUGGUCUUUACCUGGCAGUGUCCGAUGAUGUUUAUGGCGUACUCCGUAUGCGCGUUCCUUGCCGGGCUGACAAUCUUGGUCUGCACUCCUCUCAUACGCCGUGAGGGCGCCUGGAAUGCCGGCUGCAAUAUAGCGGUUAUGUACCUGACGGUCAGCGCCAUAGCGGGUACCAUGUUCGUGUUUUGCUCCUAUUGGGUAUACUAUUACGUGGAUCUGGACUUCGAAACGACAGGAGAAGAAGAAGAAUUGGAAGAU